AUGAGCAACGGCGAUCCAGUGCAUAAUCCUAAUGGAAAAUCAAGAAAAACCUCGACUCGUCCAAAACCUCAAGCGCAGCCAACGCGUCAGCCAUGGACUCGCGCUACUGCUCGAAGAAAUGCAGAACUCGGACAUCCGACUCAAAGUUCUGAGCGAGGAGCAACGUCGAGAUUUAUUACCGAAACCCAGAGAUUUUACGCUUCAAAAAAGAAGGCUACUCCUGAGCAGCAAUCAGUGAUUGCUAGUCCAAUUAUUUCUACUGAAGGCGGAAAGAAGAAAGUUCGAUACACUCUUCCAGACGGAACUAUACUCGAGCCCUCGACUUCCACUCCAAGAAGAACAGUGGAAACCCAGCCCACACGUGUUAAUUUGUCAACUGUUGUCGAAGACGACAACGAUCCCGACGCUACCCAAAAUGAAUUCGAAGAACUUCAAGAAACUUAUCAUUGGAUUGACAUGUUUGGAGACGUUCCAGAAAUAAAUUUACAGGUCCCCCCUCCAGCAGUUAUUCGAAGAAUCCCUCAAGCUGAUCCUGACGCUGAGGAAGAAAUUGACAACGGUGAAGGAAGACCUAGAACUCGUAACGUCGCGGUGAAUACUGAUGCUGAGGCUGGGGCAAAUGAAAAUGAAAAUAAUGACGUCGAUCAAGAUGCUGGCCGAGUAUAUUGUUUUGAUGAUUUUAAUCCUGAGGCACCUUAUCCUGCUGUUGAGGUAGCUGAGUAUGUACUACCGGAAAAUGAUCAAGCUGUAUCUUUGGCUCACGCUCAAGGAAUUAUUGACUGGAUCAAGAGAGAAAAUACCGGAUGGGCUGCUCGAACAUCUGCAGUUAAGGAUCGCAUCAAAGGUCUUGAAGUUGGAAUUUCGACCACGAGAGGAGAUCUCAAAGAUGUGUAUUUUACUUUUCAAGAACAACGCUCAUCAGAUCAUAAAAAUCUGGAGAAAUAUUUGACUGAAGAAUUGGGAAAAGCCUCGCGUAAAUUUGGAAUGUACGACAAGAUGUUUGAAUCUUUAAAGAAAGAUACCGUAAGAAUUGACAGAAAAACCGAUAUGAUUCAAGAUACAACAACUGAACUUACGUAUUCUGUCGACGAUUUAUUCUAUUACAAUGUACACGGUAAGUAUCCGUCCAGAGAUCCUGAUAUUUUACUAAUUGGUAACGAAGUAUCCACUACUACUCGAAAUAACGAGCGCGGUUCAGAUCCUGGAGGUUCUAGCGGUGGACAUGAUUCCAGUUCGCGAAGAAACAAUGAUGACAGCAGCGACGAUGACGACGACGAUGGCGGUGGAAAUAUUAAUCCAUUCAAUGAAUCCGGUGUAUUUGCUCGUAGAAAUAAAUCUAAAACAAAAGACACUGGAGUUAAACCUCGUCAACGUACAUUGCGGUAUGAUUUAGAAUUCCUCGAAGGAAAAAUGAAUCUUAAAGCUAAACAUCUACGCGAAGCUGAUAUUUAUUACGAUAAUACCAACAAAUAUGAAGUAAUGAGCUUCAUUGAGAAAUUCGAACAUUUUAUGCGAGAACAGCGCGCUAGCGAAUUUCAGUAUCGUAAUUUAUUUGCGCAAAUUAUUCAAAGCGAUGAAGCCAAGGCGUAUAAGGAGCACGUUAAUCCAAAAUUACCAUAUCUCAAAUAUCGUGAUGGAUUUGUACAGAAAGUUUGGGAUGGCGUUGAACAAAAUAAUGCCAGAAGUCACUUUCUCAAAAUGCAGUUUAAUCAGAAAUCAUCGAAGAAAAUAGCUGGAAUUUUACUCAAGUGGUUCAAUGUAUUGGCUGACUCCGAUAUUACUGAUGCAAUGCUGCUGGACACUGUCUAUCUAAAAGUACCGAAGGAUUUGAGAUUUGAAUUCACCGAAUGCAAAGAAGACCGCAUCAGAUUUAAGAAAAAACUGCAAGUUAUGCGUCGACAUGAAGAAUACGUUAAUGCCAACGCUGAAGUUAACGAUCAAACCAUUCCUCCUUAUACUAAAUUUUGGGUACCGCCAUAUAUGUCCACUCCGAACCGAAAUACUGAUCGACGUGCGAUUAAAAAUUUGUUCAAUAAACUUGGAAAUAAGGGAAAAAGCGCCCCGAAAGCUAACGACGCUAUACCAAGUACCAGUGGUACUAACGCCGGCACUGGGGCAUCCAAAGACUCUAAACAACCACCGAAGAAACCUUCAUUCCGUUUUCCAACCAAAUAUUUGAAUUCCUUAGGUAUCACUGCCGAAGAUUUGGAAAAGUGCACCUAUAUUUAUCAGUCAUUAAUGGACAAUCAGGAAGAAGAAGAAGAAAAUCAUCAGGAGCUAGAUACUGACUCAAGCUCUGACGGCGAAGAAUCUGAACCAAGCGGGGGACGAGGAGUUGUAAUUAAUUCUAUUAAUUCUAUUACUUUCGAUCGAAUUCCAUCAGCACUCGAUGACUACGAAAUUAUUGGUGAUGGUCUGGCUUAUUAUAUCAAAUAUGGAAUGCCAGAACUAGACUUCGAUAAAAAACCUUAUUUAAAAGAGGUUAUUUUAUUGAAAGAAUUAGCUCAUGAAAUUGAAAACGCUUCAUUCACCAAACAACAUGUAUUAAUUUCGAUGGGCGAUUUUGAGCUGAAUAAUUCAUCGAUCGAUAUGAAAUACGUUCAGAAUUAUUUCGAUAGAAUAAUUCGACUACUAGUAAAUAAACAAUUUAAAGACAUACUCGUAAUAUUUCCUCCAGUUCGUCCGAAAGCUGGAGAUGAACCAACAACUUCAUUCAAGAGAUGGCUCGAUUUUCGUCAUAUCCUUCUAGAUGUCUGUUCAACUCGCAACGUACGCUAUUCGCUGUAUCCAGCAAUAUUCUUCGCUGAAGUAGUGGAAAAUAUACUCGUUGGAACCAAGUAUACCGUAGCCUGCGAUGAAAAUGACAACGUGAUUCCUGAUAAAAAUUGUUUCUAUUUAAACGACAAAGGCGAUUAUUACAACCUUGGAAUUACCGGACGAGAAAGAAUUCUUGAGUUUCUUGAAACUUUCUGUGAUCCAACCAAGCGCUUCAUGGAUUCACGUGAUCCUGUAACCAUUACUGAUUUGACUACCGAAGAUGACCCGAAUGCUCGGUUUGUUGCUCGACCAGAUGGCUCACUACAACAUAUGACAGCGAAUUCAUUAAAAUUAAUUCAAGAAAUAUUAGACUGUCCUAAUAAGGAAGCUGCAGCUGAAAUGAUACAUACCUUAAAUCAAUCUGCCAGCGAUACAUCAGACACUCUCACCGAGACAACAGAUAACUCGCAUGACAUUUCCGGUAUGCCCGACGCAAAUGCUUCCGAAACAAAUGCCUCCACUACGGAUGCUCCGCACGAUUCAGCGCAGGAAGAUGAGCAGGCUGAAGACGAAGAAUCCCAGUCUUCUUCUCCCGAAUACCGUUAUUUUCCAGCAUUCUCAGUUAACAUGGUAAAUCGCAUAUCUGUAAAUCAAGAAGAACAAAACGCCUUGAAAUCAUCAUCUUUCACGAAAGUACCAAUAAAAGUCUCCGAAAUGAACGAUAAUUUAAAAUCGCAAUUAUUACACGAAAGAAAUGACACCAUUACCUGCGUAAUUCCACUACGACUUGGAAAUUCCUGUUAUCCAGCCCAGCUUGACUCUGGGGCAGUGCCAAAUAUAAUGUCAGAGGAAACAGCUUUACACCUGAUUCGACACCAUUCCGAUGAAUUGGAUUUUAUCGAGCUAGAGAAUCCAGCUGUUUGUAUUUUAGCUGAUUCGAAAGAAGCUGAAACAGCAAGAUACAUUAUUGUACCGACAUUAUACUUUGGAAAACACGCACUGAAAAUACCUUUUUAUGUGCUGAAAGGCUGUAAUCACGUAUUCUUAAUUGGAACCCAGUCGAUGGAGUAUCUUGGGAUUGAACCAAGAAUUAAGCGCCGAAAAGCACUCUGCAGACCAUCUACAAAAGUACAUACUGAAGUGGUAGACUUUUUGACGCCUGAGCAAUACGAAGGUAAGCUGAAUAUUUUCGGCGGGAAACUGAAAGAUGAAUACAGAUUAGAAAUGAACAACAUUUUACGGCGAACAGAUAUGUUUAGCAAUUAUCACCGAUUACCUGAUGGAGUUAUAGACGACGGUCCAGAUAUAUUUAUUGAACGACUGGAAGCUGACCUUCAAGAUGCUGUUACUGCUGGAAGAAUCACUGUUACGCAAGCUGAACGAGCUUUCGAUGUUUUGAGCGAAUUUCGUGACGUAUUUUCGAAAUUUCCUGGAAAAUAUACCGGAAAAAGAGUUCGAUUAAAAUUCAACAUUCCAACUAAAGAUAUUCGAUACAGAGGAGCUAAGUAUAAUCCAUCAAAGAAAUUAAUGAAUGACUUACGUAAGGAACUUCAAGUAAUGAUGGCAACAAAUGUCAUUGAACCUUCAGAUUCAACUUAUGUAAACCCCAUAGUAGUCAACGUCAAGAAAAGCGGGGAAAUCCGCGUUUGCUUGAAUCCUGUGGAUUUAAAUCCAAUAUUAGCAGAGAAUUACAAUGAAGCUGGUUUACUUGACAGGAUUAUUACUCAAGAUGCUGAAGCAAAGCUGUUUUGUACGCUCGAUUUCGUAUCAGGAUUUUGGCAGUUGGUAAUGGAUGAAUUUUCACGCAAGUAUUGCGCAUUUCAAGUCGAUGGACGCGUUUAUCAAUUUAUUCGUUUGCCGUACGGCUUGAAAAUUUCAUCAGCGCUCUUCGUAAAUAUGGUCAACGAUAUUAUCCCGGAUAAAGCUGGAAUCACCAAAUACGUCGACGAUAUUCUUCUUCGCUCUGCAACAUUCGAAUAUAUGCUGGAAUUAUUGGUGGAAGUUCUUACUAUUCUACGAAUCAACAAUCUACGUUUGAAUGCGAAAAAGACUACAUUUUUCAAAGGAAAAACUGAGCAUUUAGGAUUCGAUCUUAGCCCUGGCAGAAUUUCAAAGCAGUCAUGUAAAAUUGACAAAUUCAACGAUUACAUCGCGAAGCACACUAAGCGUGGAAAAUUUGUUCUCAAGAAUAAAAUCGAGAUUCUCGAGCUAAUUGGCUUGACCGGAUUAUAUCGAAGAUUUAUUCCUCAAUAUCAACAAAUUAUUGCACCUUUGUAUGAGUUAACCUGCGAUAACGUACCCUUCGAAUGGGGGCCUAGGCAAGAUGCAGCUAUCGAGAAAUUGAAGCAAGAAUAUACAAAAGACUUCGAAUUAGUUCCAGCAAGAGACAAGAUCGACCUGUACCUAGAUACUUAUACAUCUAAUGAUGCCAUGAAUGCUGUUUUGUAUCAAAAUUACGAAGGACAAGACGAAAUUAUUCUAUUUACCAGCCAUAGUUUUAAGCCGCACCAAAAGAAGUAUACUUUAAUUGAACGAGAAAUGUAUACCUUGGCCAAAAGCAUCAAAAAACUACAACUAUGGCUCCAUGGCAGAACAAUUCAUGUUCGUAGCGAUUUACUUUCAAUUGUACAUAAAUUCGAGACCAUCGCAGAGGUUCACAGAAAAGCCGCUGGAUGGAUUACGUUAUUUAACUGCUACAAUUUGAUUUACGACCUACGAAGAAGACACAAGAAAUGGUUCGGAAUGCAGGCUCCCGAACUAACUAUUAACAGUGCGAAUUGUUCCAAUUUCAUUACCGAAGAAAAUGACCUCUCACUGCGUAUUCGUUCUCAUUUAUUGGAUUAUCUCAAUCGUCUCAGUUUAUUUCAGAAACGUGAUCCAAAAUGCGCAGAUAUUUUUCGUCGAUUAAAAACACCAGAUGAAUUUUUAGAUGCGAGAGGAGUACAAAUUAAAAAUAACCUAGCUAAACGUUAUUCAAUUGAAGUGAUUGAUAACAAAGAAACAUUAAUUUUCAAUUACCCAGAUGAGAGCCGUGUUCCAGUGCUGCCCGACGAAAUCUUCAAAGACAUGAUUCUAUUUCUUCAUGAGACUUACGGCCACGUUGGAGCUAACAAGCUCAAAGCUAUUUUCCGUCGUAUGUACUACUCAUCCAAUGCGAAGCAUUUUAUUCGUUUUAUCACCAGCGAGUGUUUGCACUGUAAAGCAAAUAAAACUUAUUCAGAAAAGAAACCACUCGAAUUUGGAUACACUAAUUCAUACGGACUUGCUGAUGUAAUCUCGGUAGACAUUCUUGGACCGAUUUCAAAUUAUUCCAAUCAGCCGAAAUAUCUUUUGGUAUCGAAAGAUGUAUUGUCCGGAAAGGUUUGGUUAUCACCACUUCAAGAUAUUCUCCAGCAAACUGUUGCCAGCGCUAUGGAAGCUGUAAUUAAAGAGAUUCAUUCAAAAGAGCAUAAAAUUCGUAAAAUAAUCACAGAUAACGCUACACAAUUUACCAACAAGAUUUGGCGUAAAUUGUUGAAGAAAUACAAGAUAGCAAUUGGACACUCAACAGCGCACAAUCCUCAAUCAAACUUGGUUGAGAGAACUAUGCGCAUUAUUGGAGACCGUUUACGGAUUAAAAUGAAUGUCAAUGCAGAUGGUGCGUAUUCACACCAUGGAUGGAGUACUUACGUCAAGGAAAUUGAAGAAGAAAUUAAUAAUACGCCGAAUGAUGUCAACGUUCCUCCAGACGAAGUAUGGCAAAUUGCAGAAUUUGAAACCGACCUUCCUACUGGAAGAGUAACAUUCAAUGCCAAAUAUCAUUUACGCAAAUUACUGGAGAAGAAAGAACGUCAAGAUUUACCAUCUAUCACUAGCGAAGAUUUAAUGAACUCGAAACUUGACCUACUCAACAAUGUUUACACUUCUGUUGAUAACGUUGUUUGGGUAUCGAUCGACGGCGCUUGCGCUAACAACGGUUCAUAUGACGCUAUCGCUGGAAUCGGUAUAUGCUGGCAUCCUGAGGGUAAACAAAAUGUUUCCGAAAGAAUCAAGCACGAAAAUUACACACCUACUAAUAACCUAGCUGAGGCUAUUGCUCUACUUACCGCAAUGAAAAUUGCUAUUAAGCAAGGAAUUACUCGAUUACACGUAAUUUCUGAUUCCCGAUACCUGACAUCAGCUGUCAAUGAUACUUUUUCUAAAUGGACUGAUAACGACUGGAAAAACUCUGCAAAGAAGCCAGUUCAUCAUCAAGAAAUAUUUAAAGAAAUCAUCCAGCUAAAAUCUCAAUUUGAUUUAUUUGAACUUACUCAUGUUUAUGCGCGAGAGACUGAUUUUGGCAACUUCACCGCUGAUAGACUCGCUCGUAAAGCUGUAUAUACUACUGAAUUUGACAUCGCAGCAGCUGAUAAACUUACGAAUCAUCAAGUUCUUAUCAGAUAUAUCAAGGAGCAGCGUGAGCUAGAUUUUCAAUCCCGGGAGCAAAAACAUAAUAAGCGUUUUGGUGAUCCGCGAAUAUUUAAACCAGGAGAACUUGUUAUGAUAACCAAUCACAGGCUAUCAUCCGCAGACAAAGGAGCUUCAGCUAAACUUUUUCCAAAAAGGUUUGGGCCAUAUGUAGUGGUGGCUCACGCGGGGAAAAAUUGUUACGAAGUUCAAAAAAUUGCUGACAAGACUGAUAAGAGGCUUAUCAACGUACGUCAAAUUACGACCUACCUCAACCUACAUCAUCUUAAGCAGCUACGCGAAGAACCAAAAUUGCGCUCCAAAUACGAUGAUCGCUCCUUACAGAAAAGAAUGAAGCAAUUUGCUGAGCAUCGAGAUUUGCUGGAAAACUUUAUUAAAGAGCUAGAAGCUCCACCAAAGAAGAAAACUCGCAAAUUCAGCGAAAUGAACGAGGAGGAAAAAUUAGAUCAAUUUACUCAGAUUCGUAAGCGGUUUCGUAAGAAAAAUAAUGAAUAUGAUUCCAAACAAUUUGAUGCUGUUUUAUCUCAGGUAGUUCCAGAUGAAAAAUCUCGCGAAAAUAUUCAACAGCAAGCUAAUUUGCGAUAUAAUAUGCGCAAGCGCGAAAAUAUCAAUUACGACGAAGGUACUGACGCACCUGAAGACGGGCCGCGGACAGGUAGAAGGCGUUUUAAACACGUUAAUUCUUUGAUUCUGAACCUGCUCGAUCAUGAGCAGCGAAUGAAAUUCGUUGAGUUGUUAUCCGAGCUUCCUGAUUGGUCGCAAAUGCCCUCCGACCCUCCAGUCCUAACAUGUUGAUUAUUUUUCUACCUACCUCGCAAGUUUCAUUUCAAAAGCUGUUUAUUAUAUUUUUCAACCGACUUCAGCUAACAUCUCUUGCUCACGAAUAUCCCAAUACAAAUAAAAUAUUGAUCUACCACUAUUUAUUCUAUUCAUUCUAUUGAUUCGUAUGAAAUUAUUCAUUGCUGCAGACCUGUGUAAAUAUCAUUUCAUCUAAGAAGAAAAAUUUUAAUUUAUUCUAUUAUUUCUAUUUCUUCUAUUAUUUCUAUUUCUGGAAAAAUGUACCCAUUGGACAAUUGCUAUCCACUUCGAUACGUAAAUAAAGCUGAAAAUAUCGUCAGAAUUCGUCGCUUUGAUGGCAGCUAUCAAGAUGUUUUUCUCCCAAUUACAUGGGAUAAUUUAGAAGACAAAUUGGUUAAUGAAAAUUGCGAUUACGGUCCAAUUAUGCCGCCAGAUUAUCAAGACCACUACACGUAUGCUCAGCAGCAUUUCUACAUAAGCCGCUACAUUUCAUUAAGCAGGUACGACGGUAUGCACAUUAUGCAUUGUUUCAUUAACGGCUGGUGGCUGAUUGGCGACGGCAUCGCGCAUGCAAUCGCAAGAUAUGCUGUCAAAGAAGAAAAAAGAGUUAUAAAGAUGUGGGAUAAUUCAAAGGUGUCCGGUACAAAUAUUUCAGCGAAGCGUUUGAUGCAUAACAUCAAGCAUCAUAAAAUCCUAGUUCCAAAAAGAAUCAUCCUAUCUAUUGGCUGCCAUGAUUUACUGAAAGAAACGUUCAAUAAAUGCUGUUAUAACACAAAGGAGCUGAUUGCUUUUCUAUUGGAUCAAGGCGUCGAAGACAUCUUAAUUUUACCAAAUAUUAAUUCAAAUAUUCUGCCAGAUCACUCGCUCCGGGGAAAAUUUCGAAAAUGGCUUCGUACCGAUUUAAUCGCAAUGGACCCACAAAUUUUGAAAUAUGCGACUAGCCUAGAAGAAAUUUCAGAUAGAGCUGAUCCUUUCUACAAAGACGGAGCUGGAAAUUAUUACUCAAACCCGCUAAUAUACGCUGAACUCGCAUACCGCAUCGUGAAAUUCACUCAAUCUUUAGAAGAAGCUAACCAACUAUGAAUUCGACCGAUAUUUGCGCAAUUUCCGGUUGAUUGAUAUUUGUUCAAUUUAUUCAUCAUGUACAUAUCGCGUAUUUUUUCCAGGCGAAGAAAUGUAAUUUUAUUUUCAUCUUAUUAAUCGUGUAUUAUUUCUAUUUUAAUCUAUCAAAUAAAAUCAACAAAAAUACGACCUUGUAAAUAUUUCUUCUAUUUUUAUCCAUGAACCGAGCUACGCCUAACCAUCAUCGACAAGCAAACUUUUGCUUAGUAUAUGAAAAUAGACUGUCGCAAACCGAUAUUAUAGGUACAGAGGGAAGGGAGUUGCGAUAAGAAAUCAGGCUUCGAGUACAAAUGAUCCUUAUCUUGAUUCCUCGAAAUAGCAACGACAGCCAAAGCAUACGCAUCGAACCAACCAUUUCAUCAUUUGACUUUUGCUUCUCUUUGUGUUUAGUGCGUGCAUCUCUAACGUGGUGAAAUUUUUUCUAUUCUUUCAAAGUUUAAUUUCGUUCUUAUUAUUUCUAUAAUCGGUAAGAUUUACGCAGUGCUGUAUUUUCUUGGUUCGUUUACUCUAUUUUUUUCAUAUUUGUUCGAUUAUUUAAACUAGUUUGAAAAAUUCCAGCCAUUUGUUCGCCAUCUCGUGUGUUCAACGCGAAAAAUACGUCGCAAUACCUGGAGAAUAAUUUAUUCAAUUGAAUUGUAAGUACAAGUAUUGAUUUCACCAUUUAUAAUUUGCACAAUUUACCGAUUCUGCUGUAAAACACACGUACCUUCGUACCUACCAUCUCACCACGUGCUUUAGGCUACCUAGACAGCCAUUGUUUUAAUAAUUAAUUCAAAUUGAAGAUAAUUACGAAAUUUUCACGUGCUAUUUUUUCUAUUUGUUCUAUUUGAAAUAAUCUUUCAAAUUUGGGAAAGAGUAAAUCAAAAUUCAACAUUUACUUCGGUUCUGUACGUGUGUUUUAAAUAGCUAGCCUUAGUACAUUGCUGUUUUAAUCGUCAAUUUAUUAAUCUGAGUGUUUCAUCGCAGAUUUUCGUUGAUUGAUGAACCGAAUUGUUCAAGAAUUUAUUCACGAUAUGAUCCAGCUUCGUUUUGUUACUGGUACGAUACAUUAAUUCUAUUUCAACCAAAAAUCCAGACGAACGAUUAAUUCUAUUCAUUCUAUUUUGUUCAUUUAGCAUCGAACCUAUUUGCUGUGAUUAAUUGUUUCAAUUGACGAAGAUAUUAAUUUGUUCGAAGAUUAUUGAACCGAAAUCUGCGGAAAGUUUAUUCGUUCUGCUAUAUCAUUGGUUGUUUUGCUGAGAUUUGUUCGUUUGUUCGCUACGAUUUUCGUGAAAAAGGCCAAUGGAAAGGUAUCGUGUUCCAGUAUGCCAGUACUGCGGGGAGGAGUUCGUGGCAGGACAAGAAACUGUACGAAAUGAAACCUGUCCACAUACUUAUCAUCGCGA